AUGGACCGUGCUUCGGUGCUGUGGUGUGGUGCUGGGCUGGACAGACAGACAGAUUCACUCUCGCUCGCGUCUCCCGUCCCGUACUGGACCCGGGCUGCGGGCUGGUUGCUGGUUGCUGGUUGCUGGAGACCAGAAUUUGCUGUCGGCCACAGCCGCACAUCUACGGGCGCCAGAGGCGGGCAAGACAGCAGGCUUCACUUAGCUCUCAAGGCUUCACCGCGCUUGCAUCUCACUCUUGGCCUCAUCUUCCCAGCCCUCUGGCACCGCCAACGCAAAGCCAAACGCCUCAUUAUCUGCGGAUCUGAGCUCGUCUACUGUACGGCUUGGAAAGCAUCUGAGCACAGCACAUCUCCUCACUUCUCCUCCGCACCAAGCCUAACAGGGUUACUCACCACGCCCCCCAGACUGGUCGACGGAACCGUGAAAGGCGCCCGUACCCGUCAACUCGUCGAAGGCCAAGACCACCGAGUUCAAUAA